CCGUCUGAUCGCCGGUUCCCUCCAGUCGAGUCGCGACCGCCGAAGUGUGAACGUUGUUCUUGCACAGCUGAUCGACACCACGAAUUUUUGCUAUCCACUGUAAACGCGCGCGCGGGCCCGUACCUCGUUACAAACCCGAAGCGAAAAUGGCCUGUAAUAGAGCUGCAAAGUCCGGAUUUGCCGCGGAGGCGCAGAGAAAGAUCAAUAGCAAAUACAGCGAGGAGCUGGCGCAGGAAUGUCUGGAAUGGAUCAAAACAAUCACCGGCGAAAACAUAAAUACCAACGGGGACAUGGAUAAUUUUUAUGAGACUCUGAAGAAUGGCACCUUGCUGUGCAGGCUGGUGAAUGAUAUCAAAGAGGGUUCGGUAAAGAAAAUUAACAACACAACGUUGGCCUUUAAAUGCAUGGAGAAUAUAAAUGCUUUUCUCGAGGCUGCAAGGGCAUUAGGUGUUCCGGCGCAGGAGACCUUCCAAACCGUAGAUCUCUGGGAAAGACAGAAUCUAAAUUCUGUUGUUAUUUGCUUACAAUCUCUUGGAAGAAAGGCGGGUAAUUAUGGCAAACCAAGCAUCGGUCCUAAGGAGGCGGAUAAGAAUGUACGCAAUUUCACGGAAGAGCAGUUGAGAGCUGGGCAGGGCGUAAUAAGCUUACAAUACGGCAGUAAUAAGGGUGCUAAUCAAAGCGGUAUCAAUUUUGGAAACACCAGACACAUGUAAACAUUUAUUUCCGCAUUCAUGCCGGGAAGGCAAAAUCGCUCUAUUUUCAUCUGUCCUGACUUUGUUUCCGCAACAAGUACUCUUCUUUAGAUAUAGCAUACUGCAUAAUAAAUGUUCAUCGAGGUCCAAAAUAAAAAAUAUAUUGAAUGGUGCAUAAAAUAUCCCCUAUGCGCAAUAGGGGCUAAGAAAUAUAAGUAUGAGAUUUUCCAAAUAAAAGUGACAAAAGAUAUAAUUUAAAGAAAACGCGAUUGAAUUUUUGGAUGCAUAAAGGGAUUUUUCAUUGCAGUAGUUAUUUUAUUUUUAAUCUAAAUAUUUUUUUAGAGAAGUUUUCCGCCAUUUUUCAACAAUCUGCAAUUUAAAUUUAUCGAAUUUAUUUUUCUGUCGUUUAAAUUUUUGAAAACUUUUACUGCUAGACUGUGCAUCCAAAGGUUGAAUGAAUCAUAUUUAGGUUUUGUGUUAAUGCAAAUUAUUUAAUUUACUUUUUCAUUAUCUUAUGUCACUUCUAUUUCGAAUCUAAUGAUUCAGAAUCGAUGUCAAUAUGAUGUCAUAUUUACCGUACAUCUAUGACGUAAG